AUGGAUAGUUUGAACGAAAACUACCAUUUAAGAAAAUGGUACCUUCAGCGAGAUGAAGUACCGACUCAAAGGAUGAUGAAGAAAAAGAUGUCGCCUGCUCUCGCGGGAAUAUAUUUUCAGUCGAUGAACCAGAAACUGAAGCAAAUUGCAGUUAUUGUCAAUAAGCAUUGUCUCUACGCGGCCUGUGACAACUUUGACCAGUUCAAAUAUGGAUUAAACGAAUAUCUCCACGGUAAUAGAGAAGACGACAGUGCUGUUCAAGAUGAUCACGUCUAUGAAAAUAUUGAACCUUUGAGAAAGAAAUCGCCGCAUAAGUUAUUUGAGAACGCUGAUGUGAAUGAUGAUAUUGAUUACGGACAUGUUGAGCCAGUAAAAUACAGUGAGACGCAGCAGCUAUUUGAACUAAAACUACAAAGCUCGUUAAUGAACAUGUUACAACACGAACUGUCAGGAAUAAACAACGUGCCUUCAAGAACAGAUGACAUAUCGAAUUAUUACAAUACAUUUUUUGAAGACUCAGAUAUAUUGUCAGGUGAAAAUGAGGAUGACAUAAAUGAGGCUUCAGUUCCAUCUACAUCAGAGAAAAGAGAGAUUCCAUUUUCGGAAAUAAGACAUGAUACAGAAUACGGAAGAGAAUCUAAAUUGAAAAGUUACUUCGAAUAUGGGUCGGCCCAAACUCGCGACUGCAUCAAAAAACCCGUUGUUCGAAUACCACCGUAUAUGAUGGACAUGUCUAAGUAUGGAACAUUAGAGGUGCCUAACUAUGAGAGAUGUUCCGAAGCAACUUUGAAAAAGAUGGUAAAAAAAGCAAGAAAGGUAGAAAAAUUACCUCAAGGCACACCUAAAGCAAUAUCCAAAGUGAAAGACGCGGCAACUCAGUAUUUUGACGAAGAAUUCAAUUAUAUUUGCCAGUGUUUGGGUCAGAGUCAGGCUCCCACUCAGAGUGUUAUGAAGGAGAAAAUGCAAGCACCUCUUGCAGCAAUAUAUUUCAAGAUGAUGAAUCCGAAGCUGAAGGUAUUAGCAGGACUCGAACCUCCAAUGAAAGGCGCUGGCGGCGACUGGUACGUGCCUCCCAAAGAUAUUUUAGAAGGAAGAGCAGUCCUAAAACCUUUGAAAAAAGAAUACCUGUCCAAACUAAACUACCUUGGGAUCGACAAUAUUUGUAUGAAGAUUGUCGAACAGCGACAACAAUGCAUGAAAGAAGAGCAAAAGAAGAUGAUUGCUGAUAACGAUGAGAAGUGGAUAGCUUUCGUUAAAGCUGAAAGUGCUCAGUGCUUCGAAACACUCUCCAAUGAAGCGGCGACGAAAAAUACGCAAAUAUUGCAGAGAGCAAACAAAGAAUUUUCUAUUUUAUAUGAAAGAUCCAUAAAUAAAUUGGAAUCAUUGAUGUAUGAAGCUGCUUGCAGUGAGAUUAAAAGAAUACAGAAUGAUGCCCGUAAAGCUAUGUCAGAAAAAUGUGAUAUGGUAGUUUCACUUCAAGCAAGACGUACAUACGACAACUUUAAGGAUAAACUGGAAACAGAGAAGACAAAACUGAAAAUGGAAUUUAUUGAAAAACUAGAAAAGCAGCGCACGGAUGUCGGUACACAAAUACACGAUGUCAUAUUAGAAAAGCAUGUUGCUAUUGAGAAGUCAAGACAAUAUAUGCAAUGCCUAAGCCUAGCUUGCCAGGUCUAUGUAGCUUUGAAAGAGAGGGAAGAAUGCGAAAAAGAAAUUAAAUAUCCUGAACGCUUGCACAAGAAAAAAGUAAAGGCUUUAAAAGAUGAAAUAGCAUAUAAAGACUACGAAAUUUUUAUGAAAAUAAAAAAAGAACAAGCACAGCGAGAGCUGAACGAAUCGUGGAAGAAGAAAGUUGUACGCAUCGUAAAAACCUUCCAAAUGUUUGUGUCAUAUUGUUUGAGUUUAUUACCAAAUCAUGCAGACUUUUUUAUUGAUUUGGAAAAGAUACUGUUGCUACACUUGGAUGAAGUUUUGGAAAAUCCAAAAGCUGAGAGCAUCUUUGAAGGUGAAGUGGAACAUCAUGAGUUCCCUGCACCCAAUCCGCAUCCUUACUACCUCUGUUGUGAUAAAAGGUUCACUACAAAAGAACUUCCGAUUCGUAAAGAACUUUGCCCAAAGCAUUGCACAUCUAGUGCUUCUAAUAUACCAGUCGUGGUUAUAAACAAGCGCCUCAUUUAUGCGGCUUGUGACAACUUCCAACAGUUCACGAACAAAGUAAAGGAUUAUUUACAUGGUCACAGAGGGGAUGAUAUCGAUUUCGAAGAUCGACAUGAUUAUACACAGGAUGUGCCAGUAACAUAUACAAAGUCGCAGCAAUUAUUGGAACUCAAGUUAGAAAGUUCUUUCUUACAAAUACUUCAGCAAGAAUACGAGAACGUAAGGGAGGUUCCUGUCGUAUGUGAAUAUUGCAAAUCACCUUACUGUUUCUGCACGCAGAAUUACGGCGAAAAAAUAAAAUUAACCCAAAUAACAGUUAAACCUAAACCACCUGCUCGUAUUUCUCAAGCUAAACCGAAUACUUAUAUCGAUGUAAAAACUAAUUUCCCAGCAGAUAAAUAUUAUGAGCCUUAUGUUAAGCCCAAAAGGUGCCAAUGUGGUAAGAUGGCUAAAAAACACCUCCAGCAGUUGUUGCCUGCGUACAUGAGAAGUAAAUCAAUCGAUGAAGCUUCUUUGCCAGAUUAUGAGCCAUGCCCGCUUCAUAUGAUCAAGAAAAUGGCUCGAGAUGCAAGGGGGCGCAAAUCUGGUUUGCCUGUUGAACGAAAGCAUUCAAAAAGCAGAGACAUAGCUACUCAGUAUGAAGAUGAGGAAUUUAAAUUACUGUGCGAAUGUUUGUCUGCUGAAGCCUUCCGAAGUUUGUGGGAUGACCGAACGGUUACCGGCUCCAAACUGUACUAUACUUCAAUAACGGCCAGUCAGUUUCAAUUUAUCAAUCCCUUUUCAUCAUCCACGGAGUCUAAUCGGGACGGUUCCUGUACUGAAGAUGAGGCACAUGCAUCAAAGGAUUGGCCUGAUUCGCCUGAUAUUGAAGAAUUAUUCAAGGCUGUUCGUAAAUAA